AGCUGCAGCACAACGACCCUCUCGUCAUGAUACACCAAUGGGCUAGCGCUGGCUGAAUAUUUCUUGAGUUCCUGCUGGCUGUACUGUGGCAGCGCUGCGCGUUGUUAACAGUCUCAAGUCUUCAAGUGUUCAGUGCAGUAUUAACCCAUUCACGUCUCUAACAGCGGCUAAAGUACUUCAAUUAAGAUACUUUAAAGAUGGCGACAAAGAGGAGUUCCCAGGGUGGAGCCACAGAUAAUGGACAGCCUGCCAAGAAGAAAGGUUUUUGGGCCUUGGGUUUGUUGGACUCGAUGAAGGACCCUGCCCUGCAGCAUUUUACUGAUGACAAGAUCGUCGUUAUCAAGGAUAAAUACCCCAAGGCCAGACACCAUUUCCUAGUGUGCCCAAGACUGAAAAUCAAUAAUCUGAAGGCCCUUAAACCUGAGCAUCUGCCACUACUCAAUCACAUGCAUGAAGUAGGCAAAAGAAUCAUCAAGGAGUCUAUAGGAGAAGAAGAGCUAAAGUACCAACUUGGAUACCACGCAAUACCAAGUAUGAGUCAUCUGCAUCUACAUGCCAUCUCCAGAGAUUUUGAUUCCCCAUGCCUCAAAAACAAGAAGCAUUGGAACUCCUUCACAACCGACUACUUUGUGGACUCAAUGGAAUUGAUUGCGGAGUUGGAAGAGAACGGAUGUGUGGAUACAUCGGGACGAAAUGGAGAGGAACUCCUCAAACAGCCUCUAAGAUGCCACGUCUGCAAAUCACAAUUUGCCAACAUGCCAAAGCUGAAAGGACACAUCGUAAAACACAUCAAGAAGUGACCCAAAGCGUUUGAUAAGGUCUUGGGAGAGGACAUGAAGCUGUUCAGACAGUGAUGUACUCUGGAUUGAAGAAUGAGUGAAAGAACUGAACUAAAAAUCCUUGGACUCCAUUGAUAUGCAUACAGACAAGUGUGUUCAGACAGUUGCAUAUAUCUCACAUGGUAUAGGAAAUUAGUUCCUGGAAUUCAACUGUACUCGGGACUUUUACGUUGCAUGAUUUUUGUUUGAUACAUGUAGAUGGGUAACAUGUACAAAGACAUUGUUCAGUAGUGGCGUAUCCAGACAGAAGCCUCUGGAGGGGCUAAAUAUCUCAUCUUACUGUGAUCCAGAUAGUUCAGUAUUAAAGGAAAACAUGGUCGUACUUAGCUGCUGAAAUGCAAGAGAAUACGGCCAUCAAGUCAGGGGAGCGCAUGCAUGAGAGGGGAAUGUAUCGUGUCUGAUAAUCACCUCAUGUUAUCUUCAUCUUUCCCCAUUCUCACACUGUUUCUUCUUUUUUCAUCUCUCUCACUUCUCACUCCUCCCCUCCAAUAUCUGGCAUUGUAGAAUGGAUCCGGUAAGAAGGUUAAAGAGGAGACUUGCGAAGUAACAAACUACGAGUUUUAAUCCUAUGUGAUUUUCUUUUUUCUUCUUUGUAUUUGUGACCCACUCUGAAUGCUAGUGCUUCUAUAGUACCCUUGUAGGGUUCCAAGCCAUCCUGAAAAUCAGGGGAAACCUGCAAAAUGAGUUCACUAGUGUCUGGAAUUUGAGAAAAAUCCCUCAAAUCCCUGAAGUCAAGUCAUUUUUACCCCCCCCCCCC